GGCGGGUUGGAGGAGGAACACCAGACUGGAGUCGCUCCAGAAGAAUCUCUGCACCUGGUGGCGUGAGGGGGGUGUGUGAGGGAAACGGUUUGAUCUGGUCAGGUAGAGGGGGGAACGAUGGAGGGAGGGAGGGAGGGAGAAGAAAGAAAGAGAGAGAGAGAGAGAGUCUGAGUCUGAGAGGGUGGAUGAAUGGAUGGCAAUCAAGGGAUCGAUCGAUCUCGCGCACUCGAUGGCCUGAGGGAACAGAGUCGAGGCUGAAAAAUUUUCGCGAAAUUCCACGAGAAAGAGAAGCAGCAGAGCAAAGCGAUGUGAAGGGAGAUUGGAUUGGGGCAAGCAACUGGGGACAGAGGAGGACAGCAACAAAAGAGACAAGCUCACCAGCGACGCGCGCGAGAGAAUCAAUCAGCAAGCAGCAGGCGAAGUCGAGCGACAGGAAGCACAGCAAUGGAAAGGGAGAGAGCAGCAACUCAAGACUUGCGCCGGGCGAUGGCAAAAGGGAACCGCCCCGGCCUCGUGGUCGACCGCCCUGAUUGGCUCCUCCCCCGGGCGGCAGGCGGCGGUUCUUUUCAUCUCGAGUCCAACGCCAAUCUCGUAUACCUCAACCAUCCUCCUGCUGAGGUCCUGUCUGGAACCCUCCUAGGGCAUCUCUCUCUCUCUCCGUCUCCAGCUUCCUAUUCUUAUCAAACCACCUGUCUUCGUCUCCUACCAUCGCCCUCACCCGCGACACUCAUCCCAGACCACCCCCAACCCCAGACCUUCCCCGACCUCGACCGUUGCUCCUGCAAGGGAGCACCGCCAAUCGAUGCCGCGAUUCCCUUCAUUGCAGCAGAAGAGCGCCACCCGCUCCAAAGCUGUCCCCACGACCCUCAACUCGAGCUGGAAUACUCAACAUACCUGUGGAGGAUCUUCCGACCCAUUGUCUACCCAUCAUGUACAUCCAGAUUCCAUCCCCUCGACUUACGUAUGCCUGCCACCCCUGGGUCGCACGAGCACCUGCAUGCUUUGCCCCAACCCUUCAACGCCGUAGGUGACCGAAAAUCCCCGCACCCGAGACUUUCCUUCCAGAAUGUCUCGAUCGCUGUCCAUUCCUACGCGCCCUACAAGCGGGGUCCUUCCCCUCUAUCUACCGAUGACGCACCGCACCUGAUCCGAAAGUGCUCUGGGCACAUUGCAUUUCAAUUAUGGGCGCUACCGCCGGGGUGAGAACAUCUGACUCGUCACAACAUCUUCGUGUCUCAUGCAUUAGGUCCGAAUCUCAUCAUGGGUCUGCAAAGACCUGCAAAACAAUCCGUAGGAAUCAGCACCACGGGAAAUGAGUAUACAUCCUGAAGAAUCAAUGGCCCUCCCAUUCCUGCACGGAAUGGGAGGAGCAGCAGAAAUGACAAUGACCGAAAGCGAACAGGCAAACGUGCACAAAGCAAACACCAGCAACGCCCAGAC